AUGACUGCGAAAGCCGCGGCGGCGGCGGCGCCGCCACACGGGCGUGGCGACGGGGAGCGAGGCGCCGCGCUGGCUCGGGCGGGCGAGGGCCCCGUCGCGCCCGGCGGUGCCCGUGCGGGCGCGGUUGGGCGCUGUCACAGCGACCCAGGGGGGCCGGCGGGGCGGCUUCGAGAGCUUGCUAGGUGGCUGGCGGCCGCUGGGCGCGACCCCCCAGCAGCAUCCAAAAAGCUCUCCGGGGACCGACCGGCCAAGGCCGCAGAGGCGGCGGCCGCAGCUGCGGGGCGCUGGAAGGGCGCGCGAGAGGCGGCGGCGCCAGGCGGGGAAUGGUACCGCCGGCAAGGCAAGCGGCGGCCGGCGGCGGCGGUGGGGACGGUUGCGGCCGUGUCGCGAGGCGGGACGGCGGCGGCGGCAGCGACAGAGCUGGCGGCUUUAAAGGCGACGGCGGGCGCAGCGGGGCGCCGCGCCGGCUCGGCCCUGGAAGCUCGGCGGGCGAGCGGGGGCACGGGCGCCGCGGCGCCGGCGGCAGAGCCGCUGAGAGCCGCCGGUGGGGGCUGGGACGCGGCCGGCGUUGCUAUGGCCGCGGCGGGGUACAUGAUUGGGGAGCCGUCAUCCGCGGCAGCGGCGGCGGAUGCUUUGCCGUUGAUGGAUUCGGGGCGCUGCAAGAAGCGCCCGCGGGCAAUGCAGGGCGACAACCUGAUAGCGCCAUGA